UUCAUCCCUUCAACUUUGUAAACCUUUGCAAAACUUCAUCGAUUCACAGUCCUCGUAUCAUCCUCAAGCCUGCGUCUCACAGACACAGCGUUCAAAGACCCCGCUUCCCAUACCACAUCUCCUCGAGCGACAAUGUCCGCACCCAUCGCCAUCAUAGCAGGCGUCGGUCCCGGCACUGGCGCUGCUGUUGCUCGCCGAUUCGCCAAAGCCUACCCAGUCGUCCUCCUCGCCCGCAAACCCGCCAACUUCGAGUCGCUCGCCGAAGAGAUCAACAAGUCUGGCGGUCAGGCGAUCGGAAUCUCCACAGAUGUCAGCAGCGAGGAGAGCAUGAAGAAUGCGUUCAACAAGAUCAAGGAGAAGUUUGGACAGGAUGUCAAAGCCGCGGCGGCGGUGUUCAAUGCCAGUGGAAGCUUCACAAGGAAACCGUUCUUGGAGUUGAGCACGGAGGAGUUCGAGGUUUCAUAUCAGGUUUCUGUCAAAGGAGCCUUCCUCUUCUCCCGCCACACCCUCCCGCUCCUCCUCCCUCACGUCCAAUCCACCGGAACGCCCAAUGUCUCCCCACCAACCCUCAUCUUCACCGGCGCGACGGCCUCCAUAAAAUCCAACGCCCAAAUGUCCUCUUUCUCGACCGGCAAAUUCGCUCUCCGCGCCCUCUCCACUUCCCUCGCGAAAGAGUUUGGACCACAGGGUGUACAUGUCGCGCACGCGGUGAUUGAUGGAGUGAUUGACAUUGAGAGGACGAAGGGAUGGUUGGUGGGACAACCUGCUGAGGCCAAAAUUGGUGCGGACGAUAUCGCGGAGGUUUAUUGGGGGUUGCAUGGGCAGGGACGGAGGGGGUGGGUUAAUGAGGUUGAUGUUCGGCCUAUGUUGGAGAAGUGGUAG